AUGUAACCAGAUUAGAUCGAAGAGCAGAAGAAGAAAAUUCAGGAGAGUGAGCACAAUGCUAGGAAAAAGGAAAUUGAGUUGCAGUUUAAGAAUGUUUUUGAUGAAGCCAAGAAAAUAUUAAAGAGAGAAUAUUAUGAAAAUGAAAUGAGUGAGAAGCUAAGAAAUUUGUUGGAUUGGAUUGAAAGUGACAUAAACAAGUUGUCAGAAAAAAAUGAUAGAGACUUUGUAAAAAAAUAUAAAUCAUUUGUGGAAACUUAUAGAAGUGGACUUGUAGAAUUUAAGGAAAUACUAUUGAAUUUAAAAAAGAUUGAGGAGAACCGCUAAGAAAUAAAAAAAGUGAAAAUUAAUAGUUUCAAGCAAAAUCCUUAAUGUUUAAAUACGGAAAUUAAGUUUUCAGAGAAAAGACUACAAAGAAUGAGAGCAGGAGUUCAUCUGAUUUAAGUUUUGGAAGAAUCUUUAGCAAGAAAGUACUAAGAAACUAUGAAGAAAUCUAUUUCCGAAUAACCAAUCCAACAAGAACCUCAAUAACAAAUGGAUUUAAGUGAAACUGAAAUACAAAUAUUUUAGGAGUUGGAAAAUGGAUUCAAAAAAGAUAGAAUAUCAUAAACAAAUGAGGACUUGGAUAAAGGAAUAAAAAAAUAGAAAGAUAUUUAGAUUUUUGAUUAAGUUGAAAGGGCCUUGGAAGAAUAGAAAGAGAGGUAUUAAGUGAUCUCUAAGGAAUUCGAUAAAGGAUUCUAAAAGCAAAAGGUGAAAUGUGAGUCCAUUGUGAAAUCAUCGUAUAAGCCUGUAAAAGGAGAUUUAGACUUUACUAAUAAAUAUUAGGAUUCAUAUUUCAAGAAUUAUUUCAGAGAGAAAUUUAAAUUGGCUAAUUAUUUUCUUGGUGAUUAAUUAAUUAAAUUAUUUUUACAUGAAAAUUAGAAAUAUGUGAAUAAAGUAUUGAACAAGAAUUCUAAUUCUUCCUAACAAAAUUCUUUUAAUGAAAAGAAGAUUUAUAAUAAAGAAUUGGACCCUAAAAACUUUAUUUAACAAGAUGACUUAGAAAGUAAUGGCAAGGCAUUAUAAAAAAUACUAAAAAUAAAUGAAGAAAUAUAAAAAGAACUACUCUAAGAUGAACAUUAAAGAAAUAUUGAAGAAAUGAAUAAAAUUGAAAUAUAAAAGAAGUAAGAACACUGGGAAAAAGUGUUGUAAUAAGAUGAUCAUAGAAAAUCAACCCCAAACUUAAUUAAGAAAACAUCAUAAGUUCAAUUAAAGAAAUCACAAACUGUUGAAAAAAAAACCAUCAAUAUUAAACCUGUCAUUUCCUCUUUAAAAAAAAGAACCAUUUAUUAUUAAGCUCAUCCGAAUUUUCCUUUAAUAAGUGAAGUCUACAAAUCUCAUUAAAAUGUUCCUGAAGAAAGAUUAAAGAAAGCAGCCAUAGGAUAUGAUAUUAUUCAACAACCCUCCAGGACCUUAUAUACUCCACCUACUAACGUGAAUUCACAAUUAGAAAACAAAAAUAAAGUAUUAAAACUAGAAGAUGACAUCUACCCAUAACACCCUAACCUAAGAGUUCCUCGAACAGCAAUGCAAAACUUUAGAGGAACCUUUUUUCCGAAUUCUCAGCAUGGUUUAUCUCGCUAAAAUAAUUAAGAUUAUAAAUCACUUACAACUUUAUGGGGAGAAUAAUGGAACAAUUAUUGA